AUGAACGUCAAAGCUAUUGAACAUCAAAAUGAACGUCAAAAAAACUCUUUAUUCAAAUUUUUCAAAAAACAUCAUAAUGAUGAUACUAUAGCCGAUAGUGGUGAAAUUGAAAGUGAAAAUGCGAAUCUCCAAUUGAGCGAUAGUGCCAAUGUUAAUUCUGAAAAAGUAGAAGUUUAAUCACUUCAAUCCAAUAGUGAUAGUGAUGAAUAUGAAAAUGUGCAACUAGUAUCAGACGAUUUACGACCGAAAGAAGACGUCGAGAGCAGAAAAAUACAUGAAGAAGAAAACAACAUCGACGAUCCAGGUAACUGGCCACUAAAUAUUAAUGAUAACUUACGGAUUUAUUUAGUUAAAAACCCACCUUCAAAAAUUAAAAACUAUAAGUUUCCAUCUAACGAUGAAGGUCGUAAAUUUAGUGUAAUACAUUAUAAUAGAAUAAUGGCCAACGGUGAAAAUGUGAUUAGAAAUUGGCUUUUGUAUUCUAAAUCUUUUAAUCGAGUAUUUUGUCCCUAUUGUCGUUUGUUCCCGUCAAAGUCUACAUCAUCUUUGGCAUCGAUAGGAUUUUCAAAUUGGAAACACAUUAAUGAACGUUUAAAAGAACAUGAAUUAUCUAUCAUAAUACGGCUCAAGAAAAAUGGAUACAAUUACGUAUGGGACUUGGUCUCCAUAAAACUAUAGAUAAUAACAAACAAGAUAAUUUAAAUAUUGAAAAAGAACGUUGGCGUAGUAUUCUUAAACGAAUUAUUGCAUAUAUAGAGUUUUUGGCAGAACAUAAUGACGCUUUUCGUGGUACAAGUUCUAAAUUAUAUACAGCGAAUAAUGGUAAAUUUUUAGUACUAAUACAAAUGAUUGCAAAAUUUGAUAUUAUUAUGGCCGAUCAUUUAAGACGCGUAUGUAAUGAUGAAAUACAUGAUCAUUAUUUAGGACCUAGAAUUCAAAACGAACUUAUUAGUAUUAUUGCCACAAAAAUACGUGAUGAAAUAAUUAAUCGCGUUAAGCAGAGUAAAUACUUCACGAUUUUAUUAGAUGGAACACCUGAUAAAAGUCAUAAGGAGCAGCUUACAUUUCUUUUACGUAUUGUAGAAAUUUCGAAAAAUUUGAAAUAUGAAAUAAAUGAAUAUUUUAUAUGCUUUAUUCACACUUCAAAUAAAUCUGGUUUAAAUUUAACUGANGUACAAUCCCGAAUUAUUUCAGAGAACCCAAGAGCUUUUUUUAUACCAUGCACUGCGCACAGCCUUAAUUUACUUCUCGGGGACAUGGCAUCGUCUGUACCGGCUGCUAUGACAUUUUUUGGCGUAAUUCAAAGAAUUUAUACAAUUUUCAGUGCUUCUACUAAAAGAUGGACUAUUCUUUUAAAAUACGUUUCAGACUUUACUUUAAAACCAAUGUCAGAUACCAGAUGGGAAUCUCGGGUCGAAUCAAUUAAACCUAUUCGUUUUCAAUUAUGCUAAGUACACGAUGCUUUAGUAGAAGUCAGUGAAUUAACAAAGGAUCCAAAAAUAAAAAGUAAAAGUUCGUCUUUGGCAAAUUAUGAAUUUUUUUAUGAUUUUAUUUUGAGUGUUUUUAUUUGGUAUGAAUUACUAUCUGCUAUUAAUAAAGUUAGUAAGAGUCUUCAGAGCGAAAACAUGGAACUGAGUAAUGCUGUUCAGUUAUUAAGUGGUCUUAAACAUUUUUAAAUAAUUUUAGAGAAAAGGGGUUUGAGUUAUCAAAGAAAUUUUUUGUGUGAUAAGAAUUAUGGAUGUCAUUAUAUUAUUAGAUUAUAUUAUAUGGGUAUGGAUAUAUAAUACCUAAAAGGUAUUACAAGUAUUUUCGCCCUGGGCCUCGCAAAUCCUAAGGAUUGCCCUGGACAUGGCGAUUUGUCUGAACGCUAGUCCUGUUGCUAAGUACCUACAAAAUAUAUUUUCACAAGUUUAGUUACGAAUAAAAAUUGGCUCACAGAAGAAGAUUUAAAAUGGAAAUUGAAAAAUAUAAGACUCUUAUUUAAAGAAAAGAAAAAAGUAAAAAAGAGCCAUUUGGGAGACCCAAGAAAAUGCAGAGGUGUAUAAAGAUAAAUGGUUCUAUAAUCAUUUAUUGCAUUUUUUAAAAGAUACAACCACUCCCAGAAUUACCGAAGGAAAUGUGUCUGAUAAAAAUGAAAUGUCUGACUUAUCAGAUUUAGAAGAAGAUAUGUCAUUUUCUGGUAGUUUUAAUGUAACUAAAGAUAUUCUAAGUCCAGUUUCUGUCCCAGAAUUAUCUUUCACUAUUCAAAGUACUUCAAAUUUGUCGCAUGAUAAUAUUUCAACAAGUAUUUCCAAUGAUUCAGAUACUUCUUUUAGAAAACCUUCUGCAAUAAAAAAAAGAAAAAACAAGUUUUGAAAGUGAAAUAUUAAAAUUGGAAAACUAAAAAAUAAACAUAUUAUUUGAAUCUAAUAAAUCACAAUUGCAGGGUGAUGAAGAUAUGAUGUUUUUAAAAUCACUUCAUCCAUAUUUCAAAGAUACGAAUAAUUAAAAAAAAUUAAAAGUAAGAAACGAAAUUCAAACUGUAUUAAUUAUAGAAUUAUCAACAAACAAACAGCAACAUCAAAAUGGACAAGAACCAUCUAUACCAACACAUGAGCUGUACAUUCGUCAACAAAUUCAACACCAGAUACCCACUAAUUUAUCAGAUAAUCCAACUUUCAUUGUUUGCCAACAGUACUAAGUAAAAACAAAAUUGUUUUAAAUAAUAAUUUACUUUCAAGGAAUUCAAUUUUUUUUUUUAUAAUCUAAAGGUCUUAUUUAUUUUACAUUACAAUAUAUUUUAAUACAAUUUUAAUUGUUGUAUGAUAUGCUUUUUUAUUAAACUUACCUUAUUGUUACAAGUAACCUAUGCUCUAUGGAAAUUGCUCUAGGUUCUUGGAAAUUUGUAGUUUUAAGAUCAAAUUCCGGCGAUAUUAAAUUUACAAUAUAAUCAAAUGUAUCGGUAGUCAUUCUAGUAUAAGAUCUAAAUGUCUAAGUUUCUUCUUUACGCAACUGUAGGUAUAGGUUAUAGAAUUCACCAAAAACAAGUCUAUCCUUAUAAAUAAUUGAAUUUAAAACUGAUCUCUUUUUUUUUUUAAAUAUUUUUUAUACAUCAAAUAUUUCACUUCAGCACUUUCCAAUAUUAACAUUUGUUUUUGUAAACUAAAAGAUAUUUUUAGUUGUUUUUGUUUUUAAAAGAGUAGAACAUAAACGUGUAAAAUAUACCGCGUAACCUUUGCACAACUCACUUCAAAAUACACUGCACGUAAAAAAAAAAAAAUAAAAAAUAUCUAAAUAUGGUUUACCCGCAAAUUCGCGUUCGCCACGUUCACGUUGGACACACCGUUAGACUCAUCCAUUUAUAAACUGAAGUAUGACGAUUUUGAUAAAUCAGUCUGUAGUUGAAUUUUUUGAUUUGAAGAUAGGGCUCCAGUACGACGCAUUACUGUGUUACUUGAUAGUAAAAUUGAAUAAAUAGCACCCAAAAUUUCACUUUUAUUUUUAAAGUUUGUAAAUAAUGAGUUAGAAGCUUCUUUACUUAAUUCACCAUCAGAAAACGUUUUUUUCUUCUUUGCUAAUCAGUAUGCUACUUUGAAUGAAGCAAUAGUUACAUUUUGAGCAUAACAGACUGCUUUGGUUCAGUUUUAAUUUCAUUGUGUUUAGCUUAUCUUAUCGUUGGAUACCUUAAAUCGAAAUCUGCAUGUUUAUAGUUUGGCAGUGCUUUUGUAUAUUUCCACUUUGAAAAUUGAAAGAGUAUCUCGGCAUAAUUAACACAUGCACUUGACUUCAAUGUCAACAAAAACAAACUCUAACUCCCAUUUUCAAUUAAAAUGAUAAGUUUUACACUUUUUAUUGGCAUUCGUUUUAUUGUUUAAAAAUUAAAAUUAUAAAUAAAUUCGGAUAAAAUAAAAAUGAAAAUAUAUGGAACAUACAAUACGCAUUACACGCUUGCACGUGACGACUAAUUGACAGUCUAGUUAUAAUUAACAAUAACUCUCACGGUUAUUUUGACUAUCACACGAUUGACCGAUAAUGGUAAAUUCCUAGAUUACAAUAUAGCGAUCUAUUAAUAUUUUACAAGAUUUAUUGAAAAAAUAUAAUUUUAAGUAUAUUCAUCGAACAGUUGGAAUGAUACAGUUUGAAGUAAAUAAAUCCAAUGAAGUAAAAGUUUUAAUUAAAUUAUUCCCUAAUGGAAUAUCUAAAUCAAAAAUUUAAUUCAAGAUUAAUGAUAGGGUUUGAAUAAAGAAGUACAGAAAUACGUUUGAUAACAAUUAUAACUCUAAUCGGACACACGAAAUUUUUGUUGUUACAGAAGUAUUGAAUACAAAUCCAAUUACGUAUACAAUUAAAGACUUACUUAAGUGAAACUAUUGAAGGAAUUUUCUAUAAUGAAGAAUUACAGAAAACCAAAUUUUGAAAAUUAAAUAUUUUAAACAAGAUUGUCUUUUUUUUAAAAAAAAUGAAUUUGAAAAAAGAAAUUAAAAGAUAAAAGAAAAAUUUUUUAUAAUAAAAUGGAUGAAAAAGUGAGUGCCAAAAAAAAUGCACGUCGUGCAGCACAAACUUAUGCUCAACGUCACCCAGGUAUGAUUUAGUAAUUUUCUUUUAUUUUUGUUUACAUCAUUUUCUAAUUUAUUAUCGUUUCUUUUAUUAGUUACAUAAGAUAAAGAACAUCCUGCCCUUAGUUUAGGAAUAUUUUUUAAUAGUACGGGUAAAGAGUACAUAAGAAAAUUUUGAAACUCGCGUCCAUUUAACCUAGGUGGUAAAACAUGAGGUCCCAACAAAUAAUUUCCAAUAAUACCGCAUCAAAUAUUUAUACUAAAUUUGUAUUGUAAUCUUCCUAUUCGUAUAGCAUGUGGAUUUCCUUCAGCCCAUAAAUGAGAAUUAUGCUGGUUGAAAAUACCAUCUUUUGUGAAACCAGCCUCGUCGGUGAAUAAGAUGAAAUCCAAAAAAAUUUGGAUUUUCCGUUCUUCGAUUUAUCAUAUCGGUUGCGAAAUUUAGUCUGGCGAUAUUAUCACAUGACAGAAACUCCUGUACUCUCUAUGAUAGGGGUGUAAAUUAUCAUUUAAUAUCCUUCACACACGCAUUGUAAAUAAUCCUGUUCUUACUGAAAUACGCCGACAGCUAGUUUCGGAAUCUGCAUGAACAAUAUUAAGAACUCUUUCCUCAUUUCGGGUAUCACGAACACGUCUUUCAACCCCUCCCCCCCAUUAGGAAUGACUGGUACAACUGACCCUAAAUUAAACCAUAAAUUAAUUUAAAUUGCAAUUAAAUGUAUUGAAGUACACGGAAGUCAUAUUGAACAUUUAUUUUAAAUAUUAUUUCUUUAUUAUCUGAUAAUAAUUAAUUAUAAAACAAUUUAAUAAAAACAACUGAAUNUAAAAAAUAAUUUAUUCCAUUGAAAUCACUGACAAAUUUACUUGCAAAUUCAUGUGUCACACAAAAAUUACGAUUUUGGACAUGAUAAGCCAAAAAUAGCGGUGAUAAUGAUUAUUUUUGAAAAAAAUCGAGCCACCCCUUAUUUCGUAAGAGAAUUUUGCGAUAAAUUCUCUGGAAUGGUUUAUUUUUAUUUUGUAUGGCUAUUUUACAAAUAAAACGAGUAAAACCAAAGUUUUGAUAAGAAAAUAAAAAUUUCAAAAACCAAUUCUUAUAGCUACAUAUAGAGUCACAAUCCGUAGAGUUGGCCAGUCUUUUCUGAUACACUCUGUAUAAGGUUAUUUCAUUUAUAUCUGUAAGCAACGAUAAACCAUUGCUUGACGAAAGAUUCUAAGUGCAGUUUGGUAAUACAUAAUUUUAGCAAUUUUCGUUGAAAUUUGAUUUAAAAAGGCUUAUUAAAAAAAAAAGUUGUUCGAUGAUUUUGGAAGUUUUACCACGUCUAGGUAAGUCCAAUAUAAGUAUUAUUACCAAGUUUCAAAUCCUUGUAUUUAUAACCGAAUUACAGCAAAAAUUAAAAUUCCUUAAAAGCUUAAAAGUUUUUGGGAUGAUCGUUUGGGAUAUCGUUAGAAAGUAAAUCAAAAAGGCAACAAAAAAGAUAAUUUUUGAUUUUUCGAUUAAAUCAUUUUUAUAGUAGAAAACGUCGUCCGUUUUUUUAUAAAAUAAUGAAAUCAUACGUUUUCUUACGUUUUUUUCCCACUUAAGUGCUAUUAUUUAGAAAAUGUUGUUGAAAAUUAAAAUGACACCUUCAUAGUACCACCUAGACAACUUGAGCUUUCAGAAAAAUUGCUAUACGUAAAAAUUGGAGCAAGUUUACUAGGAUAAAACGUGUCCACAAACUAGAACAGAGAAUAAACAAAGACACUUUAGUAAAACUAAUAGCUCCCUUGCUAUGCUCAAAAUCUAAAAGUAUAAAGAACGGGGCAAGUUUAAGUUUACAAAACUAAUGGUUUCAUUAUUUACAUUUUUACUUUUUGUUGUAAUUCAGUUAAAAAUAUUCGUAGAAGUUAAAAAUGUUGACAGAAAACUUUUCUAGACAUGAUAAAGUGUUAAAAAUAUUUUGGCGAUUUUUAAGGUAUUAAGAGACAUUUUAUGUUUGCAAGUUUUUUUACGUAGUUUUGUUUUAGUAGGUACUAUGUUGAUUUAAUUUUUUGACUAACAAGAAAUGCAUACAAAUUUAAAAUAAGAAUUAUUAUAAAUUGUAUUUGGUAGCCAAAAAAGCAGAUAGUAUUAUGUAGUAUUUUUUUUUUGUAAUUUUUGACAGAAAUCUUAAAAAUGUUGACUUUUCUAAACAUAUUUUAUCACACAUAGCUCAAAAUAGAUUUUCACUAGCAAUGGUUUAUUGUUGCUUACACAUUUAAAUUAGAUAACUUUAUAUAUUCUACCUGUUCAAAUAUUCCAACCAAUAACAGUGGCGCACUCAUCAGCAGUAACUGCCGCUCUUUUUUAAAAUUUAUUUUUAUUUCAAUAUGUUCACCGUAUUUAUUUUGUUUUAUUUUUUUGUUUAUUUUACAUUGAUUGUAAUAUUUUUCCAAUCGCAUAAGCGUUGUUUUUUUGUCUACUGUCGGAAGUAUAGAUUCUGAUUUUUUUUAAAUUUUAGAUCACACAAUGUAUGUUUAUAUUUUUUUGUUUAUUAACGAUAAAGUAUUUAGUAUAAUUUUCAACUUUCCUUGAAUUGAAGAAAACAAAUCAAAACAAAACCAUUUAGUUUGUUCGUACUUUUUGAAAAAGAAAAAACAACCACACCGGUUUUACACAAAAUAACGUCGUAUGAAUAUUAUAUAUAUAUAUAUAUAUAUAUAUAUAUGUAUAUUAUAAUGCUAUAUUUGAAAUUCUGAGCAGGACGCGUAGAAAUAACUUCGUUUUUAUAUUUUUAUUCAUAUUGUAAAAUUACACGACGCCUUGUUUACGUUUGGCGCCAACCCACGUAAAAAAUUAAAGACAUAUUGUCGUAAAAAAAAAAAAAAACCGGUCUCGGUCAGCCGUUAAUACACAAUAUUUAUCAUAAUGUUCGUUUCCAUAAUAAAUCUCAUUAUACUGUAUAAUAGUAUCUACACUCUGCAGUCUUAUCGUUCGUCCGUGUUGUUAUUGCUAUAUUGUCGUCACUGUGUUAUUUGUUUAUUCAAAAAAGUUGAAAUUCGCCGUACACAAACGCGUAUUGUAAAUAUUAUUACUAUUUCAUUGAUACACGGUUGAAUACUGAUAUUAUAGUAACGAUAUUAUCGUUGUACACGUACGUUUUACGUUUGGACGUCUUUCGUGAUAAGUAUAAAUAAUUUUAUCGUUUGUCUGUUUCAAAGUCGAAAGUGUAGUCGCUAUUGCUAAAAAGUUAAAACUGUUUAUGUAAAAAACAAAAAAUUGUACAAAAUGUAGAUAUUAAAUGAAUAGUGUAAACGACUUUUCUAUAAGCAAUUUUGCUCCGAUUUACAAUUAAAGCAAGUUGUCUGAAAGGAUAUCUGACUGGGAAGGUACUAUAAAGAGUUCAUUUUUUGAUCUUCCCAGGAGUUUUCUUAACAAAAAUGAAAAACCGAAAAAAAAACUGAAAAAAAUCGGUAAAUUAAACAAAUAUUAGUAAAGAAAAUAUAUAAUGCCUAUUUAGUUAUUUUAACAUAAUAUGACAUAUAUAUUGUUGACAAAGUAUAAUUUUCAACUGAACUCCGUUUAGAAUCGGUUUUUCGUUAGUAUAAUGGUUUUAUCGUUGCCUACAGGUAUACCUUAAAUUACCUAUUACAGUGGCUAUAUCCGUCCUCAUUAUCCUAGAACAGUUUUUUUAUUUUACUUUUAUCUUCCUGCUCCAAGUUCUCCUUCCCAGUGUUUUCCUCUCAACUUCUUAAACUUUAUCUAUAUAUUUUUAACCCUAUUCUAUCUCGUAUUUCCUCCCAUUCGGUAUCAUUCCUAAAAUUAACUUCUUAUGUAUAUUUAUUCCUGCUGCUUUGUGGUGUUCUGUCUAUCCCCCUGUAUUAUUUUCAAAUCGUACAUUUUACGUCCUUUUAAAAAAUUGUGUAAUGGAACUCAAAAUCGUUUCUCGUUAGCAAAGAAUAAUCGUUGCGUAUAGAUAUACACUAAAUUUCCCUCUAUACCCUACCUUCCCAACUUCUCAUCUACAGCAGUGGCCACCCCAUCGUGCGAAAUAUGUCCGUCUUUUAGAUUCUGAGUGGAACGAAGAAGCUUAUGGUUUUAUGAAGAUGAUUAUUUUUUUUUUUAUAUAUGCCUAACUUUUCUACCAGAAGACUUGCUCGGAUUUCGAAGAAAAUCGGUGUAGAAAGGUACUUUAAUUUUUCGAUUUUCUCGGAAGUUUUCUCAUAAAAUUUAAAAAACCGAAAAAAAAAAAAAAAGAAAUGAUACUGGGGAUGGGAGCGGCCACUGAUGUAGGUGAGAAUUUGGGAAGUAGCUUACAUAAGAUUAUUUCAUUAAUAUCUGUAAGCAACGAUAAACCAUUGCUUGACGAAAGACGAUUCCGAACGUAGUUCGGUAAUACAUUAUUUGAAAUGCCGCCAGUUUUUUUUUUUUUUUUUUUUUUUGCGAUUUUCGUUUAAAUUUAAUUUCAAAAUGCUUAUUAUAAAAAAAAAAUUGUUUUUUCGUAACCCAUGGUUUAUCGUUUAUACAUUUAAUUCCCGUCUAUAUCCUACCUUCCAAACUUCCCACCUGCACCAGUGCCUGUAUCUGUCCCUAUUUUCUUACCUUUUUUUUAUGUCAUAUCUUAUAUGUGAUACGGACUUUUCACCCAACAGCACUUUAUUUGAAAACUUUCAAAAUUCCUAACCUUAUUGCUUUUCAUGUUGGUUUUUUACAUUUUUUUAAUUAAGCAAAUAUUCAAACUUGUUGACUCUGUUGGCCUCAAGGUAUGCAAAAUUUCAACCCGUUGGUAGAUACAUCUAUCGAAAUUUUACUUCCGUGGAUUUUGGUUUGUUCUAUUAAAAAUAUAAUAGAAUUCUAUUAUUCUUUUUCGUUUUCUAUGAAAUAUAAUAAAGUUUUAAUAUUCCAUAAUUAUAAAUUUACCGUAGUCUAGAUACUGUAGUAAUUCGUAUAUUUGUAUCAUUGAUUUUAUAAUAAAUUAUUUUAGAUCCCGAGCGUAGCGAGGGAGCUAUUGGUUUUACAAUGCUGUUUAUUUUUUAUUUUCUUUGAUUCUGAGUGUAGUGAUUUAGCUAUUGGUUUUACUAAGAUGUUUAUUUAUUUUUUUUUUUUUCAUUCUUUCUUCUAGUCUGUGGAUACAUUUUUUCCUAGUAAACUUGCUCUGAUUUUUACCUGUAACUUUUAUUCUGAAAGCUCAAGUUUUCUAGAUGGUACUUUAAAAAGAUAAUUUUUUAAUUUCCGUCGCCAAAUUCUGACGACGGAAAUUUAGUUUUCUAAAUAAUAGCACUUUAGUGGGAAAAACGUAGGAUAACAUACAAUUUCAUUACUUUAUAAAAACACGGACAACGUUUUCUAUCAGAAAAUUAAUUUGAUCGAAAAAUUAAAAGAUACCUUUUUUGGUACCUUUUUGAUUCAUUUUCUUACGUUAUCAUCGCCAAAACUUUUGAACUAUUUUUGAGCUGUUAAGGAAUUUUAAAUCUUAGGUGUUUUUUGCUGUAGUUCGAUUAUCAAUACACGUAGAGACUUGGAACUUUAUAUUUAUGGAACUUAUAUUAGACUUACCUAGACAUGGUAAAAUUUCCAAAAUCAUCGGACAAUUUUUUUUUUUAAAAGCUUUUUAAAAUCAAAUUUAAACGAAAAUUGCAAAAAAAAAAUUUUAAAAAUACGGCACUUAAAAUUAUGAAUUAUUGAAUUGCGCUCGGAAUCGUCUUUCGUCAAUAAAUGGUUUAUCGUUGCUUACAGAUAUAAAUGAAAUGACUGCAUGUAUCCUACCUUCCCAAUUUCUCACCUACAACACUGGCCGCUCCCAUACCAAGUUUCAGCUCGUUUUUUUUUUUUUAUUAUAAAACAAAUGGUUGUGUAAUUGUUUGAAUUUCAUAAAUUGUUGCUAAUCCAUCCCCGCGAUAUCCAAUGGGUUUAAAUAAUUAUUGAUCAAUGCGAUGUUGGUAAACGUGUACUUAAGAAUUUUUUGUUUACAUAUUGUUUUCUAUAUAUAGCUUGCUGAUGCGACGGGAACGGAAAGUGGUCCGGAUGCGACCCUACAACAUGUGCCCAAACUUUCAAUCCAGGUCGCCAAUGGAUCACAGGCAACUGCAGAUAGAAUCAGGCAAUGGUCAUCCUAGGACCGAUCCUAAGCUUUUGUUGCUCGUUGAAACUGCAUACUCGAGACUUGGCAGAGAAUUAGCCGAAACGCUUGUGCAUAAUAGAUUAAGGUAAUCAUUAUUAUUAAUUAAAUAUGGCAGAAAUCAAUGUGGAAUACCCACAUCAUAUAUAGCAUAUAUUAGUACUUAUAUAUUUUCGAUGAUGUUCGACGGGUGAUCGUCAAAAUAAAAAAAAUUAAAAAAAUCCUGUGAGUAACAGAAUUUCAUUAUUAGAGUCAAUUUUCCUUCAUCCAUUAAAAUAUAUAUAUAUUUUAUAUAUUAUAGAAAUAUUCUUUGUGCAACAAUAAACAACUUUUAUACUAUUUAGUUCCAGAAAAUAGUGAAAUUUAAUCAUAAAAAAGAUGGUAGGGAAAGGAAUGAAAGGCUCCCUGAUCUCAUUCGGAGAGUCUCUAAUAAGGAUGUUCAAAAAUAAAAAUCACCGUCCGCCUGCAACAACUCAGUUAAAUUCAUCUAGAAAUUCAACCAGGUUUUUAUCACAUCAAAAAAAAUACAAUGAAUCAUUAACUAUUGUAAAUCUUGAAUUCAAUCAGUUUUUCAAAAGGUAGUUAGUUAAAAAUUGCCCAUUUAAAGAAAUUAAUUAAUUGUUAAAAUUAAAAUUACCAAUGUUAUCGCGUAACGCGGUUAUGUUAUUCCCUAUAUAAGAUAAGGAAUUUAAAACGGCUGUUACCUUAGACACUAUUCAUAGAUAUAAAUUUUUGAUACAAAUUUUCAGAAAAAUAAACUCUACAGAAUGACUAUAGCUUAAAAUUUUCCGAAAAUAAUAAAUAAAAAUUUAAUUUUUUUAACUUAAAUUAAAAAAAAAAUGAAUUCAAAAAUAAAUUUUUUUAGUCCUUAUCCCUGUGAGUAAUAUAUAAAAAAAAAAAAAUCAGAAUUUAAUUAUCUUUAUUGUCUCUAGAGAUAUUCAAAGGGUAUAUCUUCGUGGGGCAGCCUGCAUAUGGAUAUAUUUGGCUAUUAAGUAGAAAUUAUGAUGGAACUCUUGUUGUAUUAUCGAAUAUUAGAGCCAGGUUAAAACGAUUGUAUUCACAUAACAUUAAAUAAAAACCAAAUUCAGAUUUCUACGAUUAUCUCUAAUGACUAAUCGAAUUACAAUAAAAAAAAAAUCGAAAAUACACGCCGAAACUGUGUCGCGUACAUUUUCUCGUUAUCCCUACAUAUUUUCUCAAUUUAAAAGAAAACUUUAAAGGAUAUCAAAAGAAUAAUCUCCUCAAUGCACUAACAAGACAAAAUUUGGUAUCAGAAAUAAUUGCUGAUAAAAAAGUUGUUUACAGGAAGGAAAAAAAAUACUUACAGAUUUCUUCCUACGCUCAAAUUCUAAAAAUAUUUAAUUUAAUAAAAUUGAUGAGCGUAUACCAGAUACUCCCCAAAUUGAAAAUUUAGAUGGCUUAUGAGUCGGCAAUUCACUGAUAAUUUAACUUUAAAUUCGGCAAAGUAUAAUGGUUUCUUAGUCUUUUUUUGGUAAUUUAUUACGCGAUUGCCGUUAGUUAUAAUAUAAUCGUCAAAUAUAUUGUAGAUUAUCAAUGAACAAAAUAAUGAGCGAAAACAUUUGUCGAAGGCGGUAAAUUUAGUACAUGGAGUUGGAACAUUUUUAAUCAUACCUUUCUGUAGAGUUUUUAGAGUUAACACCGACUUCAGGAGGAUAAUAAUAUUAUAAAAUUAUAUACAUUGAAUCCGCAAAAUGCAGUACGUGUGGUGCGGAAAAUAUCAAAUCCGAUAAAAUAAGUAUAGAUACUUAAUACAAUCGAAAAAAUAUGUGAUGUGGUAAAAUUACCCAUACGCAAAAUUUGAUAACCAAAUAAGUUUGACUUUAUCUGCGGUGCGAUGUGACGACGAGUAAUUAACUUACUGAAAUUUUUUUUUUUUAAUUAUAGUUCUAUACUCUAUUUCAAUGAAACGUAGAAUAUAUAGUCGAACGUUUAUGGUAGCAUUCUAGUGAAAUACGAUUUAAAUAGAGUUUCGUCUUCGCGUAAUUGUGGGUAAAGACGAUGAAAUUCACACAAAGUGAAUCGAUCUUUAUAAAAAGUAUUACAUUAUUUUUUGUUUAAUGUAUACAUUUCAACCAUACGAUUUCGGAAAGUAACAAAUUUCGUUGUGUAUCCGUUAAUGGUAAAUUCACAAAUGUCAAACAAAUAUAAAUUUAUCCGCAUACGACAAGAUCGUGUCUAAUUUUACUAUAUUAAAAAUAACACGCAGCGGUUUGCGGUGCGGACGAUAGACGUAACGCACGCACUGCGCAUUCCCCGAAUUCAAUAUUAGGACAUAUUGUAACCAUCUGACAUAUUGUUUGUAUUCAGAACUUGGAAUCAUUAGAUUUUGUAUAUUAUUUUUGGUGACAACUAAGACAUUCCGAGUAAGAAACAUUUAUUUCAUUGAUGUCAUAUACGAAAUUACGGUCAGGUUCCACAAAUUGUUAAAAGUAACCGGUGACUAUUUCCUCUCAAAAUUGAAAUCGAUUAUAAAAUAAUGAAAUUCGUUUGGUUCACCGGUCACACUGGUUAUAAAUCGGAUAGACGGUGACGAUUGGUGACUUUUCAUUAUCCCCUCCAGAAUUAUUAUUUCUCCUCGCUGAACCAUCGACGCGGCGUCUAGGACAUAAUAUCAUUAUUAUCGUAGCCAUUUAAGUUCUUGUUACUGUCGUAUAAUUGUCCAUCGUACAAAAUGGGUCUCUUCUUAUUAUUAUUUUGCAACAAUAGGAGGGGGUAAGUCAUCUUUAAAGUAUGUAAUCUCUACUGCUGUCACCGCUUCGUCAAUUACUUUGAAUUGUAACCGUACAAAAAUGGUUUACUGUCAAUUUGUGGCCCGGUAACUCUCAACGAAUUUGUGGUUUAGGUUAGGUUUUAGUACGGCUAAACGCAAAAAUAUAGAUGUAUUCGGUUGUUAUCUUAUCACAGAAUUUCAUUCAUUUCCAAUAAAGCCGUGUCAGUUGUAUCACACUGGUUCUUUAUCGGGUUUAAUUUUGGGAAAUUUUAUUUUACAUAUUUUCCAAUUUAUAAUAAUAUGUUUAAUACUUACAUUGUUUAUUUUAAGCGUUUAGUUAAAGCGUUUAAAGUUAAUUUUUUUUUAGUGAUAUAUUAUGUUAAAUUCGUUUUUUGGUGACGGUUAGUACCCGCUGCUAUAUUAUAUUAUACGUGCUAUAAUAUAUAGCAUUUAUAAUAUUAUAUCACGAACGAUGGCAAAAUCGGAAGGUUUGCGAGUGAUGCGUAUAGUCUGAUUUCGGCGGCAAAUUAAUACUCGUGAUGGGAUAAUAUAAUGAAUAAUGGUUUUUUCGGAAUGGUUUUUAUUUUUUUUUACGCACGCCGCCAGUAUAAUAUAAUAAUAAUAUAAUAUUAUACCGUCGAAAACCGCCGUAAAUCAAGGAAACACCGCCACCGCCGCGCAGUUUGUGUCUGCUAAUAAUUUUCGAGACAUCAAUCAAAACGUCGCCGGUGCUUACCUUGCGAAACGAUCCGAAAUGAUGACGGAAAGACGAGGAGAAGGACGAAGAGGAGAAGUAAGAGUAUGAACGUGAAAAAGAGAAGGAGGAAAAAGAGAAAAAGUAGGAAAAGAUACGUAUCUUUAAACAUGGUUAUAACUUUGGAUUCGGCGUUCAACUUUGUUGUGAAACUAUCCUGGAAGUUUCCCCCGUGUUCAAGCCGUAUUACAUAUAAUGUGUGUAAUAUUAUAUUUUCUAUACCUUCACGUGUUAAGAGCGUUUGGUCAGUCGAGACGACCAAUAAAACUUUUUUUCUGUUCCGAAUGAAUUUCUAUAAUUUAUUUCCCCCCCCCAGAGUCGAGUGUUUUACGGCAUCACAUCUGCAGUCCAUUGUACGAAUGGUAUGUGGACUAUUAUUAUCGUGAGUAUAUAAUGACAAGCAGAAAUUAAUUCAGUUACUUUAUUUUAAUACCUAUAUUAUUCGAUUAAUAACGACUAUAAUUUAUUCGACUACCCCCAUGAUCUACUUAAUUUUGACUAAUUUGACUAGCGAUAACGUCCAAACUUUGUUGAAAUAUUGACUAAAUUAUUUAAUUACUCGUUUUAGUAUAGAUCAUGAAAAUGUAAAAAGCACCAAUAAUAGUAAGUUUUCUAUUUAUAAAAGAUAGCUGAACUAAAAAAAACAUUCCUGAAUAGCAGAGCUAUAGUCAUUAUAGAAAUGAAAUUUUCCCGAUCUUUUUUUGUAUAAUAGAUUCAUAUGCUUUAAAAAAAAAAAAAAAUAACCGAAUACCAUUAUGAUAAAUAAAAUUAUAAUAUUAUACUUAAUACUAUAAGUUUAUAAAACUUCAAAGAAAAAUGGUGAAAUGUGAGCAUACAAAUGGUAGACCUGGAGGUUGAUAGUUGAAACUCUCAAAAGACACGCCCUUGAUACUAUAACUACGUGCAUGUUCAAAAUUUCAUUACCUUAGUUUCAUUUGAGAAUCUGUAAGCAAGCCUCCACAUCAAAUUCUGGUAGUCUAUACAAAGUGUUUGUCCUAACAUUCCAAUAAUACAAUUCACCAUAAAUUAUUAAAAAUUAAGAUUCUUAAGCAUUUUGGUAAUAAUAUAUUUUUUUUUCUUUUGAAAUAUUAUCAAAAUGAUAAAAGAAAAAAAGGGAGCUAGGUCGCUAGGUAUAAAAAACUAAUAAUUCUAAUCAAAAAUCGUUGCAAUCCAUUAUAAGCGAUACGGAAGAUCCAAACACGAUAAUUUCUAGGUAAUCAAUGGCUUAAAAUAUCAAAAUGAUUAAAUACGUAUAUAUAUGUUAGUUUAUAAUAUUAUUUAAUAUAAAAAUAAGUAUUCCUUAAAUACUCCUUAAGUAUGUAUCCCUUCAAAAUUUAUAAAUUAAUUUCAACGGAUGCACGGGCCUCUAAAUCAGCCAGGCCUCUGUAUUCCAGGUCCAACAACCCCCCUUACGGGGGCCCUGUUGGUGAGGAUGAUCAAAGCUAAAAAACAUCUUUCUCCUUCAACAACAAGAUUUUUUUACGAAAAGUUGUUCACAGAGAUAUUAUAUUCAUCCCCUAAACAUAAAAAAAAAUUACGUUUUAUUUAUUCACUUUAGAAAAUUUUUAAAACAGCCAUUUUUUUAAAAAUAUUAUUCUCAGCAUUUUAAUCUAUCAUACAUUCUUUUUCGAUAAAUAGUUUCUUAAUUUUAGUCGUUUUAAUUUUGAAAACAAUAGGCGUGAAAACAAUUACUAUUCAAUAAAAGAUAAAAAAAUAACUGUGAUUUUUGUAAUUCCUUAUCGCGUAAUGUGUUAUUGAAAAGGUCGCCAACCUUUUUAAUUAAGUGAGCUACAUUCGUAAUUUCAAGUGGUGAUCCAUAUCUAGAAAGUUGUUUGAUGAGCAAAAAAAAGUCUAAAAAAUAAUCAUUUAUUGUUUCUUUAUAAUAAUUAUAAUAAUAAUAAUCUGAUAUUUUAAUAUUACUUACUAGAGAAAAAGUAAAAAGAGGUGAUUCUGGGAAUGGUAGCGGUCACUGUUGUAUGUGAGAAGUAAGGAAGGCAGAAUAGAUAAGAGUUUUUCAUUUAUAUCUGUAAGCAACAAUGAACUCCGAAUAAACGAUUUCGAGCGCAGUUCGGUAAUACAUAAUUGGAAGUGCCAUAAUUUUUUUUCCAAUUUUAGUUUAAAGUUAAUUUCAAAACGCUUAUUAAAAUAAAGUCGCCCAAUGAUUUUUGAAAUUUUAUCACGUCUAGGUAAGUCCAAUAUAAUUAUUAUUACCAAGUUUCAAAUCCCUACGUGUAUUUAUAACCAAAUUACAACAAAAAUUAAAAUUCCUUAAAAGCUCCAAAAUUGCUCAAAAGUUUUGGCAGUGAAUAGUAAGAAAGUAAAUCAAAAAGAUAACAAAAAAGGUAUUUUGUGAUUUUUUGAUUAAAUCAUUUUUUCUGAUAGAAAACUCUGUCUGUGUUUUUAUAAAAUAAUGAAAUCGUAAAAUUGUACGUUAUCCUACGUUUUUUCCCCACUUAAGUGCUAUUAUUUAGGAAAUGGCGACGGGAAUUAAAAAAUUACCUUUCUAAAGUACCAUCUAGACAACUUGAGCUUUCAGAAAAAAUGCUACAGGUAAAAAUUGGAGCAAGUUUACUAUGAAAAAACGUGUCCACAGACUAGAAGAAAGAAAGAAGACCAAAAAAAUAAACAUCUGAGUAAAACCAAUAGCUACCUCGCUAUGCUCGUAAUCUAAAAAAAAAUGCAAUGCUGUUUCUUCAUAAUAGUAUAUACUAGAAUAGAUACUAGUUUUAUUUUUUUACCUUUUGCUAAUAAUACAAAUUUUGACUUACUGAUUUCAUUAUUCAGUUAGCUCAGUAAGUAACUCAUGUUUGAUUAAAACAGAAGCUAAAACAUUUCUGAUAAAACUAUUUAAAAUACAUUUUUGUUUCAUAAGUGGCUAAAAUUAUUAUGCCAUCUUGAUAUUUACUUAUGAUUUCCAUUGUUGUGUUUCCCUAGAAAAUUGUUUUAACUUUAUUGAGUUACUUAUAUUAUUGUAAGUUGUAAUCUACAUAUAACCUUUGUUUUUAUCGUGCUAAUAAUAAUAUUUAAAUAUAUUAACCUAAUCCUAAAGUAUAUUUUUAUGCUCAACAGGUAUAAAAUGGAAGUAACUGGAAAAUCAUUGCCAGCUCUGACAAACUUAGAUAAAGGUCGGUAUUCUGUCAUCGUAUUCGAAAACUACCAUAGAUACUUAAAUAUGGACAAAUGGAACAGAGAGCUGCUGGACAAGUACUGCAGGGAAUACGGGGUAGGAAUAUUGGGAUUUUUCCCACCAGCUGAACGACACGCAGUCAACGUCCAGGUCAAAGGAUUUCCAUUGUACUUGCAUACUAAACUAUCUCUUAGGGUUGGUAUAUAUUAUGAAUUUAUUUUAAUUUUGACAAAUAACAAAAAUGUCUUUUGUAGGUUAAUUCUGUAGUAGUAAAUAUAAAUACAUAUUUUUAAUAUUGCUAGUGACUGUCACAGUGCAAGAGAACCUUAUUGUAGUGAAGUUAUAGUUGUAAUUUGUAUAAUUAUUUUAUAAGUAUAAUGUAUUUUAUACAUUACUAGAUGCUUUGUUACAUUCAGUAUUUAGAAUAAUACAUAGGUACUAUAGGUAAUUUAAAAAAAAAAAACUGACUAUUGUCAAUUUAUAUAAAUAAAUAAAUAAAAUUUGGAUACUUUUAUAUGUCAGUUCCAAUGCUAAUUAAAAUCAAUGAAUAUACCUAUAUAAUAUUACCUAAAUAUUAUAUUAGUUGUUAGCCAUAGUUUUUUGGGAGAGGAUACAAGGAAAUUUAGUAAAGUAUCCAACGUUUAUAGUUUACAUAUUAACUUAAUACGUUUCGGAUAAGGAAGUUGUUUUAUAAAAUCUCUAGAGGUUCAUUUUUAUGCACAUAAGACAUUCUCUCAUUUUCAUAAGUGGUAGAUGAAGAUCAAAUACCGGUUUCACCCAAAUUCAAUUAUACUCUAUUUUUUUUCACAAAUUUUAUUUUUGAAUAGGUUAAUUAGUGUAACUUACAGCAAAUUGCAAUACAUUAUUUUAAGAGGUCUAUUAUUAUAUCUCAAUAGUGUAAUCCAUUAUGAAAUUAUAUUUCAGUGUUAUUUAUAACCACAAUUUAUUUAAAUUAAUACAAUCAUUAUUAAUUAUAAUAUUUAAAUAAUUAUUACUUAAUGUUAUUAUUUAUUUACAAUAGUACGACACUAAUUUAGACAACAAUAAUUGUGUUAAUACCAUAGAGUAGGAUAAAAGCUCCUUUUCGAUUGUUGGUUGAUGCAAAGAAUGAUGAAUAUUUGCAGUGUAACUUAUACAGUGGAACCUCGAUAACUCGAAUCGGUUGGGAGCGAAAAAAAAAUUCGAGUUAUCGAAAAUUCGACUUAUAGAGGUUCGAGUUAUCGAGGUUCCACUGUACUUUAUAUUAUAUAUCUAUGGGUAAUACAUUAACAAUUAAUAUAUUAUAAAAAUUCUACCUAAUUAGCUAUUUAAUUAUAUUAAUAUAUUAAAUCAUUUUUGAUACAUUAAAAUUACAAUACAAUGUAGGAACAAAAAAAAGUAUACAUUAUUAUUCAAUUAAAAUAUUUAAGUUGCAACCCAAAAUUCAUACUAUAAACAUUAAUUAAAAAUCCAUCCAUUGUUAAACUACAUUUAUAUCAGUGACAUUUAAAAAGUGUAAAACUUGUUUUGUGAGUUCAACCUUUUUCAUGUUAGUUAAGUUAAAGGCUAAAAAAUAACCAAUUGGAAGUUCUCAGUUUUCAUUUAUAAAAAUCACAAACACUAAGUAUUAUUUUGCUAAAUCUAAUGAAUCAGUAAAAUUAUUAUAAAACUAAUACUACCGCUAUAUUUUGACAAUUUUUCAUGUUAAUUUAUGUGACAAUGGCAACGGAAUGUCGAAAAUUUAAAAUACAUGUACAAUUUUUUUUUUUUGAGGUGAAUCUGUAAAAGUUUGUCAUUUAUCGCAAACAGCGUACAGUUAUCUCAAUAAUGAUAAGGGCUAUACCAUGACAUAGUACCAACCUUGAAAAUAAAAAUCCCUAAUGAAAUAGUAUAAAUGAUAAGGAAUUGCCAAUAUAUUUAAACAAUUUUCAAUAUAAACUAUUUUAUAGGAAUCCCAUAUAGGCAAUUUUCAGUGUUUUGUGUUUGUGAGAGAAGUAAAUAUUAAUUAUAGGUCUAUGAGAUCGAUCAAUAAUCAAGUGACUUUUUUUAAAUUUUAGAUUCUGAGCAUAGCGAGUAAUGUAUUAGUUUUGCAAUGGUUUAUUUUUAUUUUAUUUAUUUUAUGUACAGCUUUUCUAUCAGGAAUCUUGCUCUAAUGUAUGAAGUUCAAGUGCAAAAAAAAAAAUCAAUAUUCAAAUCUAUUUUCAGAAUUUAUUGAUAUCAAUUCACUUGCGAUUACAGGAGAAUAGGUAGUUUUGUUCAUAAACUAAGUUAAUAACGUCUUUAUAGUAGUAAUAAUAAUAAUAAUUAUAAUAAACAAUUUAACAGUUGUUUAAUGUUUUGUUGAAAAAGUUAUUUAUAAUACCAUGUAAAGCAUCCUAUUAAAGAUUUUUCUUUUAUAUUUUUAUAAUAUUAAGUACCCUAUGGAAUAUGGAAAACUACUCAAAUUACUCAAUUAUAAAUAAUAUUAUUCAUUUAAUAAUAGACUAUUUUCAGAUACCUUUACUUCGUUUCACGAGAGAAGGUACAUGUUUUUUUGACCGUCGCUACGCAACUCCCACCACAUUUACCCGUGGUUUUAUAUGAUUUUACGCGCUGCCUAAAGGUAAGGAAUGCGAGAAAUUCGACUUUCGUGUUCCCGCCGAUGCGCCGGGCUUGUACGUUCUCUCGUGAAACUCGAAAUCUGUAAAUAAAAAUUAAUCAUUGCUAACGAAAAACGAUUCUGAGCGGAGGUCAGUUAUUAUCAUUGCUUUUUAAACAAUAUAUACAUGUUAUAUUAAAAUAAAAUAAAUACUAUAUUAAAAUAAUUUGUAUGAACCAGUAACUAGAUAUUGUGUUUCACACUAUUUUUUACCAAAACAAUAUUCGUCAAAAUGUGAUAUUAAAAUUCUUAUGAAAAAAAUAUACUAUAUAAAAUUAAAAUUGUUUUUGUUUUGACCACAAAGUACGGCUUAUAAUUAACCUUCUGUUCAAUUUUCAAGCAUUUCUGUUUUUAUCUAAUAGUUUUAUCAACAGAAUACCCACCAAAUAAAAAAAUGUAAGUGUUUUUACAGUUUUACUACGUAAACAUAGGAAAAAUAUAAGUUUUCUGCCAAAAUUUUAAGUCUACGAUUAUUUUGAAAUAAAUUACAACAAAUAACAUAAUUGAAAAUAAUAAUAAACAUUAUUUUAUUAAAUUUCUCGUUUUUCUUAUGUUUUCUCCUGGAUUUUUUAGGAACUGAAAUUGAAAUUGAAUUGAAAACCGCUUGGAAAAUCAAAAAAUUGUCAUUUUAAAUACGAAUUAGACGAUUUUUACUUUUAAAAAUGACGCCACUCGUACAUAUUGAGGCGAAAUUUCUAGUAGACAUUUUUUUCAUAGUAUGUAAAAAAAAUAAAAUAAACAUUUUUGUAAAACCAAUACAUUUUUCGGUACAUUCAGAAUCUAAAACAUUAUGUCAAAUAAUAUAUUGGUUAUAUCUAUUAUAUCUACUUCUAGACCAAUAACUUUGCUAAAUGCUAAUGUAAGUCUACUUCUUUCGGGAGGGGGGAUCGCCCUGGGACUCUCCUGUCUCCAAGUCGUGUUCUUCACAUAAAUUCUGCAAAGUACGAUUCCACAACAUUUCUUUUGGUUCCACGGCACUUUUUAUUUCCCCAUUUAGCAGAACUCCACAACCUCUUAAUGUUUUGGGUGUGUGGCUCUGACUGCACUCUGACCUCAACUAAAUUAUAAGUGUGGUGCAGUUUUUCGUAUUGUUUGGCGGGGUGAUACAUUUAUAACCUUUUAAUUUAUAAUCUUGAAAUAAAUAAACAAAUAAAUAAAUAGUUUUAAUAAUAAUAAUGGAAACAACUCGGUUAUUAAUUAUAGGAUGCCAUGCUGAACUCGGCGUCACCUGUGUUGAGGGUAACUAGGGCCGGCGGCGUGUAUCGAGGAUCCCUAUCUGGCGAUGACUGGUCAGUGUUUGACGCCAAUCACUCCACGUUCGAACCGGUUGCCUGGGCUGGUAACAAGACGUCAGGCAUCUCAGACGGGUACCUCUCACUAGCUACGGUUGUCCAAGACCGUGGUAUUUUCGAUGGCAUAUCCAGGGUAAUGUUCGGAUCUGGGCUAAAAUUUUGGUUGCACCGGUUGCUUUUCCUCGACUCACUAUCAUACUUAAGCAAGGGGUUGUUGAGCAUAUCGCUGGAACGUCAAGUGCUCGUAGACAUUGAUGACAUAUUCGUCGGUGAAAGCGGCAUUCGGAUGUGGAAAGAAGAUGUGCAUGUGAGUUUCUAUUAGUUUUAAAUUAUUUGAUUGAUUAUAUGGUAGCGUGGUCCGACCUUCGGCACUCCGGACAUUUUUUUUUUGCUCCCAGAUUAUUAACGUAUUAAGCUAAUUAUAGUUAAAUAUAUUAUCUUUUAAUUUUACUCGUAUAUUGGUAUUGUUAUUAGGACUUGGUCAAAACUCAAGACCGCAUAAGCAAGCUGGUACCAGGGUUCAAAUUCAACUUGGGCUUUUCUGGCAAAUACUUCCAUCGGGGCACGUGGGAGGAGAACGAAGGGGAUGACACGAUAUUAGGUAAAUGCCAAUAUUGUAUUAUUGCUAUUGAUUUUGGUCGAAUUAUACUCAACACUACUACAUUGUAAUUUGCAGAAAACGUGGACAAAUUCAACUGGUUCUGUCACAUGUGGAACCACAUGCAACCUCACUUGUACAAUAAUGAGACUCACUUGGAGUCUGAAAUGAUGUUGAAUAAGGCGUUCGCUGAGGUAAGUUUAAGAUAUUUUGUUAUUUCGUGUUUGUGUGAUUAAUAGCAUUACCUGUAUGGUUUUUGUUGUAAACACCAGGCUCACGGAAUACCAACUAACUCCAGUUAUUCAGUUGCACCUCAUCAUUCUGGUGUGUACCCUGUACAUGAACUGCUGUACACUGUGUGGAAAAAGAUGUGGAACAUCAAAGUUACCUCAACUGAAGAAUACCCGCACCUGAGGCCCGCUCGAUUAAGGAGAGGUUUUGUCUACCGAGGCAUCAAAGUACCAAAUACAUUCCUCUUGCAAUCUUCUAUAAUAUAUAAUUAUGCACAAUAUAAUAUAUAUAUAUACCAGGUGAUCCAUUUAAUUGGGUACACUAAUUAUCUCGGAAAGUAUGAACUUUUUCCGAAAUUUGUUUUUUAGAACACUUAUGAAACAAGCAUCUUAAUAAUACAAUUUUAUAUUAUAUUGUUUUUUUUCACACUUAUUUUUGAGGGUAAAACUACUACCUAAAAAUGUUUGUGUUAUAUAUUUUUGUUUUUUUUUUUGAAAUAUUUAUAUGAUAAAAUGGUUUAACUUAAAUUUCGAAUCACCCUGUGUAUAUAUAUAUAAACGGACUGACAAAAUAUUACAAUUAAUUCCAUUUUGUGUAUGUUUAGGUAUUACCAAGACAAACAUGUGGUUUGUUCACGCACACCAUAUAUGUGGACCGUUACCCAGGUGGGCGGAAAAAAUUAGAUGAGUCCAUUAUGGGGGGGGAACUGUUUCAAACAAUUGUAUAUAAUCCUGUAAGUGUAUAAUCUAUAUUUAAAUUAAGUUUAAAAUAUACAUGAAGUUAUUUAGCUACAAUGCUACAUUGUAAAAUAAAAAAAUUAAUUUAUAUAAAUAUGUAAUAUAUAUUAUUAUAUUAUUUAUAUUUAUUAUUUAAGCAGUAAUUUAAUAUUUUCUAUGUACAGAAAAUAAUAACAUAAAACCAACAUAUUAAAGUAUACUGAAUUAACUUUGUUUUUUCAGAUAAAUGUGUUUAUGAGUCAUAUGUCCAAUUAUGGUAGUGACCGAUUAGCAUUGUAUACUUUCGAGUCUGUCUUUCAGUUUAUCAGAUGCUGGACGAAUUUAAAACUAGUAUCUUCGGGUCCUCUGCAGUUGGCAGACAACUACUUUAAGUUGUAUCCAGAAGAAAUCGAUCCAAUGUGGGGUGUAAGUUUAUAAUAUAUUAUAGCAAACAAUAAUCAUAGACAUUUUACAUUUAUUGUUAAAUGAUUAGUUUAAAUCUAACAAUUGAACCAUUCAUAAUAUGGUUUGUUUGUUUAAAAAAAAAAAAAAAAAAACCAGUCGAAGAUCUUAGAAAAUAUGAUCAAACAAUUUUUGUUGUUGUCCACUCGCCUGUCCAAUCAUAAACCACAAUAUGUACAUACUCGUAUAAAUUUUCAUGUUUUGAUAUUAUUUUGAUCGACAUUGAACUGUGUAGAUUUUUUGAUUUCACACAUAUUCAAAUAUCAAAUAUUUAAAUUCUCUUUGGAACUAAGCUUUGAAAUUUUAAUAAUCCAUAAGCGACCUGUAUUAGACAAAUUACUAAAAUGGCUCCACUGUAAAAUUUGUGAAUUGUGAUUUAUUGUGUUUUAUGCUUGGACAACUACAUUGUUCUACUUAUUUAGUCAAAAACAUUUAUAAUUUUUAUCACAUUUUAAAAAGCACUGCUGAUUAGACUUUUUUUUUUUAAGAUUUAUUAUCGUUAUUUUAUUAUUAUAUUAUUAUUUAUUACGUUUCUAAAGUACUCCCCAGUUAGAUUUUCUUUCAGAAAAAGUGCUACUCUUGUAAAUCUGGGUAAAAUUGUUAAUAAAAAAGUUGUUCACAGAAAAAAAAAUAAACAUUGUAAAACCAAUAUAUUCCUAUACUAAGAAUUUUAACAUUAUGUAGAGCGAAAUAUUUCCUUUCUGUCUUGACUUCAAGACGCCAGUCAUUGGUGUUAGUAAUAGUCAAUCCUAGGUUGUUAUUUUAGUACUAUAAUUAGGAUUCGAUUAUGUUGAUAAAUUAAUAUUAGGGUAAAAAUAAAUAAUAUUUUAAUCUGGAAAGACCAGUUAUGAUACAUUUUACACUUAAAAGUUGGCAUAUCUAAAUUUACGUGUGAAAAAUAUAUACCACACUGUCUUAACCAACAAUUUGCACUAUGGUACUAUUUUUAAAAAGAACACUGGUGAUCAUUUCUUUUGAAAAAGUUUACACUUUUUAUUAAAUAAAACAAAUCAUUAUAUAAAUAUAUUAUUGAUGUUUGUUUUUAGAACCCUUGUUUGGAUCAACGACAUCUUAAGAUUUGGUCAUUUAAGAAAUCAUGCCAACGUCUACCAAAGGUUCUAGUUAUUGGACCACAGAAAACUGGCACUACUGCAUUGUAUACAUUUUUGUCUAUGCACCCAAACAUAUCAGCAAAUGCUCCAAGCAAAGAAACUUUUGAAGAAAUCCAAUUUUUUAAUGGCCGCAAUUACUAUAAAGGAUUGGAUUGGUUAGUAAUACUAAAUAAGUUAAAACAAUUUUUAAUGUUCUAAUACUGUUUUAGGUAUAUGGAAUUUUUCCCUUCAACAAACGACUCAAUUGACAAUAAAAUUGUAUUUGAAAAGUCUGCCACUUAUUUUGAUGCAGACAUUGUUCCCAAAAGGGUACAAGCCUUAUUGCCCAAUGUUAAACUUGUUAGUACAAUAAAUUAUCAUUUUACUAUUUUAUGUAUAAAUGUAACCAAGAUAUGAUCUUUUAUUUUUAUUUUUACAGGUAACCAUAUUAAUAUCACCGGCUAAAAGAGCAUAUAGUUGGUAUCAACAUGCCAAAGCCCAUGGAGAUCCAACUACGCUUAAGUAUUCGUUUUAUCAAGUGAUAACAGCUAAUGAAUCUGUUGCACCGAAACCACUGAGAGACCUCCGUAACAGGUUAAUAUUUAUUUACAUUUCAGGUUUAUAUUAGUGUACACUAGUUAAAUUAUAAUUUUAUUAUAAUAGAUAAAUAUUAUCAAAUACAAGGUACACCAGAAAGUAAGUUCAGUUUGACAAUAACAACAAGUAAAAUAAAUAUUAAACAAAAAAAAAGAUUGGAACAUAAAAUUAAAAUAUUUUCCUAUUAUUCAACAUAAAUGGCAUUUUUAUUUGAGCACUUAUCAUAACAGGACACUAAUUUUUAUACUCCUAUAUCCUUAAAUGAUAGAUACCACCUAUGAUUGCAACUUUAUGUUAACCUUUAUGGUUUCUGUUAUCUCAUCAUUCUCAGUAAAGACAAUUCAAGGAAAAUCUAUUGAUUGUUACAUCAUGACGAUUCUCUUGUCUUCUAUAAGUUUUUGUUUAACUUUUCACUCCGAAUCAUAGUCAACCAAAGAUGACCGCCCAGUUCAUUCUUAAUCAUGAACAUUUGUAUGGCCUUUUAACCAUUGAAUCAUAGGAGAAAAUGUUAUGAGUACAUUGCAUUUUUCUCCCUAACUUUACAAAAUCAACUAUUAUAUCUGCUUUAUUAGUACCUAUUCCUUUCCUCGCAUUUAAAAACCAGAUCAGAUAUCGUAACUCACAUAUAAAUGAAUUUUCAAUUUGUUCAUCCAUUUUAAACACUUACUAACAAUUGGUCUUAAAAUAUUUUUAUAAUGUUCCUAACAAAUUAACUAAAUAAUUACUAAUAACUAGGGCUUUUAAUUUGUAGGAAAGUGAAUUUUUUUAGUUGAUUGUGAACGUAACUUUCUAAGUACAUGAUUUGAAUUAUAUAACCACAAAUUCACUUAUGAAACUUUUAUUUUGUAUUUUUUGACGUUUUUAAUUUUUAAGUUCUAAACGAGCUGCUCUACAAUUUUAUAUUUAUGUUAUUUUUUGUCACCCUUACUUUUAGUGGUCAAACCAUUAGGUUGACGGAGAGUAGUGGAGGAUCAUUUUUUGUAGCAGCAGGGCACGUAGCGUGUUAAUAUUGCACCACCACUCUCCCCCGCCCAAACUUAAAAGUGAAAUAUCUCGUCAACUGAUUGACAGAAAUAAAAAUUUCAACACCAACAUUUAUUUUAACUAAUACUUCAUUUUGAGCUUACUUUGUAUGAAAUCAGUUUUAUUUUAAAUUAGCUUAAAAAAUAGCCAUAACUAGAAAUAUAAUCAAAAAAAUACAAAAGCCUUAAAAUAUGCACGAAAACUUAUUGGAGUUGAAUUCCUUUUAGUAGGAAAUAGAUUUUCAGCUAACUCUGCUAUCUUUCAAUGUGUUAAAAACAAAUAUGUAAAUGCUAGAAAUCUCAAGCCCUGGUUAUGAAUCAUAAAUAGUUUAUCAAGUAAAUUUUUUUUUUAUAUUAAUUUCAGAUGUUUAAAUCCUGGAAAAUAUGCUCUACAUUUAGAACGGUGGCUGGACUAUUUUCACCAUAAUAAUUUGCAUAUCAUUGAUGGUGAUCAGCUCAAAUCUAACCCUGUAGAUGUUUUGGAUCAGUUUCAAAAAUUCUUAAAGAUUACACCUAUGUUUGAUUAUUCUUCUCAUAUAAGGUUUAGAUUUCUCUUUCAUAAUAAAUUAUUAUUAAUGUAUUGAAUAUAAUACUAUUAAUUAUACUUAUUUGUUAAUUUUAUUUCAGAUAUGAUGUGAAGAAAGGUUUCUUCUGUAAGGUAUUAGAAGGAGGUGCUAAUAAAUGUCUAGGUAAAGGAAAAGGUCGGCAGUAUGCCACAAUGGAUGCAGAAUCAUACAAAUAUCUCAGAGAAUAUUACAUGCCAUACAACACUGCACUGGUUAAACUCUUACGUAAAUUAGAGCACACGACAAUACCUCAGUGGCUUAAAGAAGAUCUUAGUUAUUCAUCCACCUGACAUUUGCUUCGUAUGUUUCUACUUAAUUUUGGCAUCACUUUAAUAUCUUAAGUUUUUGCAAUUUCAUUAUUUAAAAAACUAUAUAUUUACACUUAAUUAUUUAUUAUUAACAUCAAGCAGUAGUUUGAUAAGUAAAUAACAUUGAUUCAUUUUAUUUUCAGAAAUAGACUUAGAUGUAUACAAAUUUAACUGAAAUUAUAAUUUGGGAUAGUAAACAUUAUUUUUCUUAUAACCUGAGUAUACUAAAAUAUUUAUUUUAUUUAAUUAUUGACAAUAUCCAUUUUACUGAAAACAUAUUUCAUAUGAUGUACGAGAGAGAUAUAGUAUAAGAUUAAUAGAAUAAUUUUUACAAAAUUAAUUUAUCAUAUAAAGUCAUAAGUUAUGAGUGAAAUAAAGAGGUUCAAAAAAUACAUAAAAGUAAUGGUAGUAAUGUAUUUGGAGCAGGUAAAAAAAAAAACUCAUACUACUCAAAAUCUAAAUAAAAUUUUGAGGCUUGAAUAUUAAUAAUGUAGUUUGAAUAGUGUUCCAUAAACCUACUGCCUAGCUAAAAAGUAGAAUAUCUUAUCAACGGUUCAAUGGAAAUCAUAAAUGUCAACACCAAAAUAAAUUUAAGCUUAUACUAAUACUCUAAUAAUCUAUUUAUGGAAUUUUGAAUACAGGUUCUCUUUUGAAUUUUUACAUGAUAUAAUAGCAGUAACAUAUAUUUUAAAUUGACCUAUAAAUUAUAUUUUGUAUGACAAGUUAGAGCAACAUAAUGUAUAAACAUCAAAAGUUACAGAAUUUAAAAUUAGAAAAUUGAAAUACUAAAUACUAUACUGAAUAUAUUAUAAUGAAUGUUAGAAUGUAACCUGUUAAAUUUGAAGUUCAAAUUCAGCAGUAAAAUAAUUUUACCAAAAUAUUCAAAAAGUUAUUAAAAUAAAUUAUAUUAGACUAUUUCAUUUCUUAAGUGUUAGCUAAUUAGUUUUUCUAUAAAUAAUAAUUGUUUUUCUUUUUUACAGGUGGUAGGAAAAAAAAAUACCAGCGACUGUUAGCUGGCAUAUAUUCUACCACGAGAAAAUAAAAAGCUGAAUUUUCCAUAUGACACAAAAUUAUAAUAUUUCGAAAAAAAAACAUAAACAUAUGAUGCCAUAUUAUAUUAGGUUAUUUUAAUUUAAUUAAUUAAAAUUUUUUUUUCAUAUAAUAUUUGUUGAUUUAUGAAAAUAUGAGUAUAACUAAUUGUUUUUUUUUUUUUUUUAAUAUGUGUAUAAAUAAUAAAAUAAAACAUUUGUUUUUUUCUUAUGUACAAAAUAUAUUUAUAAAUUUUGUACAGUUUAAUAUAUUCAUACAGAAAUGUAUUUUAGACCGUCCAAGUGUUUUUGACUUUUUGCCCCAGUAUUUCCAUAAAAUAAACUUUCUUAUUAAUUUUCUUUAUUUAACUGUCUAAAAUUACAAUUAUUUUCAUUUAUUUUUAACAGAAUAUUAUUUACUUUUUAUUUUAAUGUAUCCUCAUUGUUACUGGCUAAACUGAAUAGUAAAAACAAUAUUUUAUAAAUUAUUACUUAAAUAAUAGAUAAUUAUUUACUAAAAAGGAUAAUCUUAAGAACAAAUUUCAGAUGAGGGGGAGGGUUUGUCAAAUACAUAUUAUCACGUUUGAUUUUUAUACUGCUAUAAAUCAAUUUAUUAUUUAAUAACGUAAUACAAAUUAGAGAGUAAUAAUUAUUUUAGAAGAGAAUUAUCAUCUCAAACACUAGUGUCAAUUACAACGGAUUUAUCUGAAAAUUAAUUAAACUUCUACAUAACGAACACCUUCAAAUAAUACACUUUUUUUUGGGAAAGGGGACAUUUUCACCAUUUAUGUAUAGGAAAACCUCUAAAUACAGUACUCUAAAAACAGACAUUUUUUUUAACAUUGAUAUUGUUCAUUUUUAUCAUUAAUUAAGAAUUAUUGUAGAAUACCUAAAUAAAAGUCUACAAUAUUAAGUUAUCUUUAUUACUAUGUAUGUACAUUAUUAUAUUGUAUAUAACGUAUAUCUUAUAUUAUCCGUCCAGUUGUUGACAUACUAUCGUGUCAAUGAAAUGUUGUAAUCUUAAGAUGUAUUUAAUUAAUAUAUAUAUAUAUUUAAUUAAUUCAUUUAAUUAUUAGUAUUAGUAGUUAUUAGUAGUACCUAAAAAAGAUGAUGCAUCUGGAGUAAAAAAAUAUAGGGUAUGCGUAGACUUAAGAAAAUUAAACAAAGUAAAAGUAGGGAAUGUGUUUCCAUUACCUCAGAUAACAGAAAUUUUAGAUGAACUAGGAAAAUGUAAGUAUUUUACAACAAUUGAUCUUGCAUCAGGCUAUCAUCAAAUCGAAUUAGAUGAAAAGGACACAGAAAAAACAGGAAUUUCGACAGGGAUAAUUCAUUAUAAGUUUUUGAGAUUACCAUUUGGAUUAAAAGGGGGACCAAGUACUUUUUAGAGGUUGAUAAAUAAUGUACUGACGGGAUUGUAAGAGGUAGAUGCUUUUGUUUAUUUGGAUGAUAUAAUAAUAUUUGCACCUGAUUUUAAAGUGCAUAAUGAAAGGUUAGAAAAGGUCAUAUGUAGACUUCGUAAGCAUAAUCUAAGGGUUCAGCCAGCUAAAUGUGAAUUUUUAAGAAAAGAAGUAACGUAUUUAGAACACGUCAUAACAGGAAAUGGAGUUCGUCCUGACGAGAGGAAAAAAGAAAGCGUAGUAAACUUUCCAAUACCAAAAAAUCAGAGGGAGUUAAAAGAGUUUUUGGGUUUAUCAGGAUUUUACAGAAAAUUUAUUCCAAAUUACAGUCAGAUAGCAAAAUCAUUGACUUCCUUAUUAAAAAAGGAUGUACUAUUUUUAUGGGACGACAUGUGUCAAAAAGCAUUAAGUACAUUGAAAAUAAUACUGACGAUCGAACCAAUACUACAAUAUCCAAAUGUUGAGAAAUGUUUAUUUUAACUUGUGAUGCAUCAGGCCAAGCCAUUGGUUCGGUACUGUCACAAAUAAGUGUUAGAAGGGAUCGUCCUAUUGCUUAUGCGUCGUGGGUAUUAAAUGCCUCAGAACAAUGGUAUAGUACUACAGAAAGGGAGUGUUUAGCAAUAGGGUGGAGCGUGAAACAUGUUCAUCUUUAUUUAUGGCGUAAGAAAUUUAAAAUAUUAACCGACCAUAAACCACUUACGUGGUUAUUUAAUGUCAAAGACCCAGGGUCACGGUUAAUUCGUUGGAGAUUAAAAUUGGAAAUAUAUGAAUACGAAAUAGUGUAUAAAAAAUGAACAGAAAACCAAAAUGCCGAUGCCUUAAGUAGAAUAAUGGUAGCAAAUAGUGAUAUGGAAAUAACUUAUGAAAAUUUUAAUUGAAAGUUAGUUACUAAAAAAAUCGCGAACAAAAAUGUAGAAGAGGUACAGGGGACACUAUUGGAAGCAAAUGAAGAUUAUCACGUGGGUUUACCGGUGACAAAGGACUUUUCUAUUAGAGGGAAAUUAGCAAUGUAAUUGUUAUUUUGGCAAAGGUUUUGAUAUUCACAAAGAAAAAGAGAAAAUACACGAAAUAGGUCAAGUUAUAAAAAUAAGUAGUGAACCAGACAGAGAAAUAUUUUUAUUUAUUAUUUUAGAAAAAUAUCCAGUGGUACCGUCUUAUGAACAAUUAUUUGAAAUAUUGUUAAAAGUAAAAACAUUUUUUAUUGAACACGGUAUAGAGAAAUUAGCGAUUUCUUGGAUAGAUUACGAGACAUGUAAUUUAAAUUUCGAAAUAGUAACGUUUAUGAUAAAAAUGAUUUUUCAAGAUGUAUUUAUAAAAAUACAAUUUUUUUUUAGAUAAUACAAAUUAUAACCAAACAUUUCCGGAGGGGAAAUUACAGGUUAUUCAAGAAUUUCAUGAGAAUAAAUUGGCUAGACAUCUAGGAGUUACCCGUACAGUAAAACGGAUAAAAUUAAAUUUUAACUGGAAAGGAUUAAAAAAGGACGUAAAUAAAUAUAUAAGGUGUUGCGAAAAAUGUCAAAAGAGUAAGAAGAGUAAUUGGAGUAUAAAACAACCUUUAACAAUUACAUAAACAGCAAUCAGGUCAUUUGAGAAAUUAUUUAUGGACAUAAUGGGAUCAUUACUAAAGACUGAAAGUGGGAAAGAAUAUCUUAUGACAGUGCAAGAUGACCUAACAAAUUUUAGUUUGGCGGUGCCUUUAUAGGCAACCGACGCAAAUACGGUAGCUAAAAACUUUGUAGAACAUAUUAUAUAUAUAUAUCUAUGGGACACUAAAUGCCAUAUUAACAGACCAAGGGCAAAAUUUUAUAAGCAAAGUAUUCACGAAUACGUGUAAACUAUUGCAAAUAAAAAAAUUAAACAUCAAUGCUUAUCACCCGGAAAGCAAUGGGGCAUUGAAAAAGUCACAUAAAACGCUAAGGAAUAUUUAAGAAAUUUUGUAAACAAUAAAUUAAAUAAUUAGGACACAUUAAUACCGUACGCGAUGUAUACAUAUAAUACAUCCGUGCAUACAAGCACAAACUAUACGCCGUUUGAAUUAAUUUUCGGGUACGCGCCGAAAAUCCCGAGUUCUUUUUUAAAGCCAAUUGAACCACAAUAUAAUUACGACGACUAUUCGUUUAUGAUAAAGAGACGUAUGCAGGAGUGUCAUGAGGUGACACGUAAAGCGAUAAUACUAAACAAAAGUAUAAGUAAGAAGGAAUAUGAAAGGACAGCUAAUUCAAUAUGUAAAGAAUCAUGUAAAAAAGUGUUAUUAAAAAAUAAUAAAGUACAAAAUAAAUUAGCACCCAAAUGGGACGGGCCAUAUGAGGUAAUUCAGUGGCAUAACAAUGAGAAUGUAAUGAUACAGAAAAACAAUAAGGCAAUACGUGUUCACAUUAAUAAUGUGAAAGCGUUUAAUGAAUAAAUAAUGAAUUAGAAUUGUUAUUUUUUGUUUUAUUUAUUUUUUUUUUUAGGAUAGUAUGGCCAACUGCAUUAAUAUUGGGUAUGGUGCUGGCGGAUAA